ACCACGUCAAAGUUCAAUUUGUAUUCAAUUCACUGCUUGUGUCCCGCAAACACGAAGCAGCACACAGCAAAGCGAAGCCUUCAGGAUGCAGUUGUUAGUGAGGGUCGUCUCCGUGGCCUGCCUGCUGGUCAGUCCAGCACUGGCCGCCAUCAAAGACCUCAGUUCACACUUUAGUCACUCUAACCUGGAACCCAGAGGCUUUCAAGAGAAGGCGUCGGGGGAUGUGCAAGAUAUCCCCUUGGAUUUCCACAAAGAAAAUACCAUCACCAAUGACCUGGUGUUUGAUGGCUUUGAGGACGCAGAUUACAUCGAUUUUGAUAAGAUCCUGUCUGCAGGCAGUGACGACUACAUUGAAGGGGAUGAGAUUGAUGAGAUUGCCACUCCAGCCCCGGACAUUGACAUAUUUGCCGAACCGUCCGACCCAAAGAUUCGUCGUGCCAGACUCCUGCGGCUCUUCCACGGUCGUUCUCGCCUCCAACGCCUCAACAUCGCCAACGCCCUGUUCGGCUUUAACCUCUAUCGAAGUCUCCGUAAUGACGUCAACCAGAGUGACAACAUUCUACUCGCGCCAGCUGGGAUCUCCAUCGCCAUGGGAAUGAUGUCUCUAGGAGGCGGACCUGAAACCCAGGAACAGAUCUACAAAGUUCUGGGAUUCGCCGAAUUUGUCAAUGCGAGCAGUCACUAUGACAACAGCACAGUGCAUAAGCUCUUCAGGAAGUUGACCCACAGGCUCUUCCGGAGAAACUACGGCUACACGCUACGCUCUGUGAAUGACGUCUACGUCAAUAAGAACAUCUCGGUUAAAGAUGCCUUCCGCGCCGAGACCAAGGCUUAUUAUUUCGCAGAGCCGCAGUCGGUGGACUUUGGCGAUCCCGCCUUUUUGAACAAGGCUAACCGUCGAAUCCUAAAGCUCACUAAGGGACUAAUCAAGGAGCCGCUCAAGAGCGUAGACCCAAAUAUGGUGCUGAUGCUACUCAACUACUUAUACUUUAAAGGCACAUGGGAACAGAAAUUUCCCAAAGAGAUGACCCACUACCGCAACUUUCGAGUGAACGACAAGACAAACGUAAGAGUACCGAUGAUGACCAACAAGGGGAACUACUUGGCCGCUGCCGACCACGAACUGGAUUGUGACAUCCUACAGUUGCCGUAUUCGGGACACAUCAGCAUGCUCAUUGCCUUGCCGAGGAAGAUAACAGGUAUGAGGAACUUGGAGCAGGAAAUCUCGCCCACAGUUGUCAACAAGUGGCUCAAGAACAUGACAAACAGGACCCGCGAAGUGGUGCUACCUCGCUUUAAACUGGAGCAGAAUUAUGACUUGAUUGUGAAUCUGAAGGAGAUGGGUCUCACGGACUUAUUCCAGGAUGACGCAGACUUCUCUGGAAUGACCUCGGAUAAGGUUGUCUUGAACUGGCUUAAGCACCAGGGAACCAUCACCGUGAACGAGGAAGGAACGGAGGCGGCUGCUCUGACCCAGGUGGGCUUUAUGCCUCUCUCCUCCCAGAUCCGCUUUGUUGUGGACCACCCUUUCCUCUUCCUCAUCUACGAGCACCGCACGGACUGCGUUGUGUUCAUGGGCCGAGUGGUCAACCCGUCACAGAACUAAAUUUGAGAAAUGUAGUCCAAAUUGUUCCAUCCAAUGUCAAUUCCAGUGGGAGGAGGGGGGGGCAUAAUGUGAAUGAAUACACUUUCUUGGAUGCAAAACGAGAAUGUAACAGGGAGAAAUUAUUUUAGAGCGUGUGUAUGUUGUGUUACUGAAAAUUGAGAUUGCCAGGUUGAGUUGGUUCAUGUUGUUAUGUGUCAACGUUUGACCUGCUUUUUUUUUGGGGGGGGGGGCAAUGAUUGUUGUGGAGAAAUUUCCUCCAUCGAGAUUCAGAAUGUCAGAAUUUAUUAUCAAAGCAUACAUGCAAUAAAAUAUUUCACAAAUAUCCACUACGAUAGAGCAGAGAUUGAAAGUUGUAUUAAAAGGACAAAAUAUGAAUGAACGGUCAAGAAGCAACUGGAAAUCUUUUAAGAACUUUGAGAGAAUCAAAUACUCGGUACAGCUGUAAAAGCUUAUUGGUAGCCAAUAAUAAAGAGCUUUUGCUCAGUUUUGAGUGCCA